AUGUAUUUGUUGCAAAACAGUGUCUUUGGGGACUAUCAUGUUGUUAAGAACAACUGUGAGGAUUUUGCAUUGUAUUGCAAGACGGGUCUUUUGAUUCGUUGCAAUCCCACUCCUACCACUGGAAGCAGUGGUCAAGUGAAUUUCUGGUCUAAUGUGUCAUGGAAGUCCAUUGUUUAUUCAGCUGCUGAAAAAGUUGUGCGUACUACUAUGCCUUACGUUACAGUUACAGUAGAGAUUGGAGUGCAUAGUUGGAAAAAAUAUAAAACUGAUAUUGGUGUUCGCGAUGAUGUUGAAAAGGUAAAGGUGGAAGAAGUUGCAUCGUUUCGUGAAGUAGUCAAUCAUGGGUGA